UCGAAACUGGGCGGAAACACGUUUUUAUUUUAUUCUAUCUUCAAAAAUCAUUUUUAUUUUUACAUGUAAACUUUUGACGGGCUUCAUUCUUUUUAAAGAACUAACUUUGAAAUUCCAUAAUAUAACGCUUCAUGGAACUCGCUUCUUUGACUCUGAAAGGGCGGAGCUGCCGACGCGUCCCUGAACGCGUCCUGUUGGGGCUGCUUCCUGCGCCGCUGCUCGUUUUGGCGCCUCGUGAUCGGUGCGGACCGGAACCUUCUCCGUCCCGUCGCUCCGCCGCCCGGUCCCCGAGCGGCGCCCCGGUGUCCGGUAAGUGCUCGCGCUCCACCCGGGAGGCGCGCGCCGGCCCCGCGGCGUCGCCUCGAGCGGCUUCACUUAAACUUUGAGGAAGAAGUUUGUGUUCGCGCGGAGUGCCGCCAUUUUGGUGCGUUCAGGUCUUCUCUGUUUCGGAUCGAGUCCUCCGGCCGGAGGUCGUGAGCGGCUCUCCUCCAGGACCACAUGGAGUGCACCGAUGAUUACAUCUGGCGCCAGCGGAUCCACCACGGCGUCCGCUACCAGAAGAGCGCCGUCCCGUUCCCCGAGUCGGUGGCGGUCGGUCUGGAGUUCAACGCGGCGCUGGAGAGGGCGGAGCCUCUCGCCCCGGGCCUGCUGACCAACGGCGUGAUGCUGGAGCUCUGCUACUUCGCCCGCACCGUCAACCGGUCCGAGUCGUACUUCUUCUUCGAAAUGCUGGAGUUCAACUUCGAGCUCGGCGUUGCCGCGGACGACGAGCGGCAGCGCUACGACUACGUCACGCGCGUUCACAACAAGGUGAAGCUGCUGCGGGAGAACAUCCGGAUGAAGCCGCGGCGCUGGAGGGAAACCUUCCUGUUCCCGGAGCGCGCCGCCGGCCGGCCGCAGCGCUACUGCCCCAAGAGGAACACGCUGGCCGACAGCUCGCUGCUCUCGGCGGAGCGGGCGGCGGCCAGCGGGGGGGCGGCGCUCCUGAUGAAGAAGCGAGAAGGCCCCCGGGUGAAGCUCAUCGCCGACGCCUACCCGUUCUGCAAAGCGCUCGGCGUGACGCUGGCGGUCCGAACGGGCGGCGCCGGCCGGGCCCGGCUGGCGCCCGGUCGGGCCACCAACGCCGUGAUGCUGGAGAUGCUGGACUUCUCCCGGCUGCUCUGCGGGACGCACACCGGCAUCGUCCUGGACCUCGUGCUGCACAACUUCGGCCUCGCCAUGGAGAGGGCGGGGUUCCGCCUGCAGGUCGUCAAGGUGACGGAGAGGAGGAACACCUGCCUCACCGCCGGGGACAAGGAGGCGUUCCGAAAGGAGCGCUUUGAGGUCCAGACCCGGAAGCGCAAAAGGAGAACCUACGUCCAGCGGGAGCCGGAAGGACUCGUGGUGGCCGGCAAGAGGAGGGCGGCGCCGGACGAGGACGCCAUCGACGUCUCCUACAUGUGCCCCGUGGAGUGUGAGCCGGAGACGCAGUCGGAUUCAGAGGCCGGACGGGAAGAAGGGAUGGAGGAGGAGGAGCAGGAGGAGCAGGAGGAGGAGGAGGAGGAGCAGGAGGAGGAGGAGCAGGAGGAGGAGGAGCAGGGGGAGGCCGCCGCUCGUCCACAGAGCGUCUCGGCCCUGUUCUCCGAGGGCGGCCCGGUGGAGGCGGGCGUGCGCGCGGCGCUGUGGGCGCGGCGAGCCGCUCGCUGCCGCCGCAUCCUGGCGUCCGGCCGGGGGGAGGACUCGUUCGCCCGCUGCAGAGAGCGAGGGCUGGACUUCAACGUGGCCGCGGCCGGCCGGCGCCGCCUGGACCGCCGGCUGCUCACCAACGGGGUUCUGCGUGAGGUUUAUCAGUUCUCCACGGCGAUGGCGAAGAGUUUACGCAGUUUUGUGUUUGAGAUUCUGGACAACAACUUCCACCUGCUGCUGCAGGGCGGGCCGCACCGGCAGAACUUCCUCCUCUACAUGAGCGCCAGGGAGAAGCUGCUCCGCGCCGCCGGGCGCCAGGACCACGCCGUCCUCGGGCGUCUCUUCGAGUUCCCGGAGGUUUACAACAUGGUCGACGUGACCCGAGACUUCCAGACCGGCCCGGAGCCGCCGGCCCGGAGCCGGGACCCGUACCCGUUCUGCGGGCGCAUGGGUCUGGACCUGUGGGCGGCCGCGCGGCGCCCGGCGGGCCAGAAGCUGGAUCUGACGGCGGUCACCGCCGGCGCCGUGCUGGAGGUGUUCUCCUUCGCCCGGCGGCUGUGCGGCUCGGCCCGGCAGACGGCGAGCGACGUCCUGGAGCGCAACUUCCACCUGGACCUGCGGGGCGGCGCCGCGGAGGCCUCGCGGGCCGUGGGCCGGUGGUACCGCACCCAGAGGACCCCGGUGGGGGGGCGGGCCGCCUCGCCCCAGACGGACCGCUGGCUGAACGCCGCGGUCCCGCUCGACGCGCCGCCCGACCCGCGGCCGGCGCCGGCCACUGAGGAGGAGCUCCCGGUCUACCGGGUCUGCCAGCAGAUCGGACUGGACCUCGACGUCGGCGUCCGGCGAGCGGCCAAACCCAAGCUGGCUCUGCGGGCGCUGACGAGGGGCGCGCUGCUGGAGAUGCACCGCUACGUGCGGCGCCGCUGCAACCGCUACGUGCCGGCGCUGUACGACAUCCUGGACUACAACUUCGACCUGAGCGCCCGGCCGGGCGGCAAGGUGGAGUUCGCCUGGGCCGUGGCCACGCAGGUCGUCGCCAUCGCGGCGAAGAGCGGCCGGCCGGGCGCCUACCUGGACCGCGCCGUGGAGCUGCCCGGAGCCGGCGGCGGCGUGAAGGACGAGCCGCGGGACGAGGUCGGGGGGGCGGAGCUUAGAGACGACGACGACGACGACGUCGAGUUCGUCCGAGAACUGAAGCCCGUCGACAUCGAAGUGAAGAUCGACUGAACUGCUGCUGCUGCUGUUGUUGUUGUUGACCUCUGAGAAGAUGUGAGACACGAUGAGAGCUGAAAUAAAACCUGAAUCAUGA